AUGCCCCCCCCCCGGGGCCCCCCCCCCCCCCCCCGCCCACUGCCACCUUGUCCUAAUCAGGUCCUGAUCCCCGCCCCACUCCUACAGGUCAAAGUGGACAACCAGCACGACUUCCAGGACAUCGCGAGCGUCGUGGCACUGACCAAGACAUAUGCCACUGCUGAGCCCUUCAUUGAUGCCAAAUAUGACGUGCGCGUCCAGAAAAUUGGGCAGAACUACAAAGCCUACAUGAGGACGUCAGUGUCAGGAAACUGGAAGACCAACACCGGCUCUGCCAUGCUCGAGCAGAUCGCCAUGUCUGACAGGUACAAGCUGUGGGUGGAUACGUGCUCCGAGAUUUUUGGGGGACUGGACAUCUGCGCAGUGGAAGCACUGCAUGGCAAGGAUGGAAGGGAUCACAUCAUUGAGGUGGUGGGCUCCUCCAUGCCACUCAUCGGGGACCACCAAGAUGAAGACAAGCAGCUCAUCGUAGAGCUUGUGGUCAACAAGAUGGCCCAGGCCCUGCCCAGGCAGCGGCAGCGGGAUGCCUCCCCCGGCAGGGGCUCCCACGGCCAGACUCAGUCCCCAGGGGCCCCGCCCUUGGGCCGCCAGACCUCCCAGCAGCCCUCAGGACCUCCAGCUCAGCAACGACCCCCACCACAGGGUGGCCCUCCACAGCCCGGCCCGGGCCCCCAACGCCAGGGACCCCCGUUGCAGCAGCGCCCGCCCCCGCAGGGCCAGCAGCACCUUUCGGGCCUCGGACCCCCAGCUGGGAGUCCCCUGCCCCAGCGCCUACCAAGUCCCACAUCAGCACCCCAGCAGCCUGCGUCCCAGGCCCCACCACUGACCCAGGGUCAAGGCCGCCAAUCUCGGCCAGUGGCAGGAGGCCCCGGGGCACCUCCAGCAGCCCGCCCACCCGCCUCCCCAUCUCCCCAGCGCCAGGCGGGCCCCCCACAGGCUACGCGUCAGACAUCUGUCUCUGGUCAGGCUCCACCAAAGGCCUCAGGGGCCCCACCGAGUGGUCAGCAGCGCCAGGGCCCACCCCAGAAACCCCCAGGCCCUGCCGGCCCCACACGACAGGCCAGCCAGGCGGGUCCCAUGCCCCGCACCGGGCCACCCACCACGCAGCAGCCUCGGCCCAGUGGCCCGGGCCCUGCUGGACGACCCACCAAGCCACAGCUGGCCCAGAAACCCAGCCAGGACGUGCCGCCACCCGCCACCGCCACUGCCGGGGGACCUCCGCACCCCCAGCUCAACAAAUCCCAGUCUCUGACCAAUGCCUUCAACCUUCCAGAGCCAGCCCCGCCCAGGCCCAGCCUUAGCCAGGACGAGGUGAAAGCUGAGACCAUCCGCAGCCUGAGGAAGUCUUUCGCCAGCCUCUUCUCCGACUGACACCCCACCCUGAGAACCCUUAAUUCCUCCUGGGCAACCCCUCUCUGGGCCCUGAAUCCAUUUCUCACUUUUGGAAUCUCCAGAUCCCUUGAGAAGUCCUCUCCUGGUCUGCCCAGACCCCUCUUCUCACUCUGCAGAAUGCCCAAGUCCCUGGGGAGACCGCACUCCUGGUCCUACAUCCAAUUCUCACUUUGGAAUUCCCGAGUCCCUAUAAAAGGCCACUCUCGGCCACCUCAAGACUUUUUUUUCAGUUUUAGAACCUCCAAAUUCCUGAAAACCUCUACUCCUGACCUCCCCCCCCCCAAGAGUGCACUUUCCUUCCCAGAAGCUCCCAAACACCAGGGAACACGUUCUGGCCCUAACACUACUGAGUCCCCUCCUGGAACCCUGAAAUUCCUGGGAAACCAUACUCCUGGUCCCAGAUCUCUCAAGGACACCUUGUUCCCCAUCAAGAUUUCCUAGAUCCCAAAGAAACCCCUACCUUGGAGCCCCUUUUCAGGGAUCUCACAUCUCUGGAGUUCCACCUCUUCAGAUGCCAUUAUCCAGCCCUGCAAGGAUGUCUCUUAACCACCCCUCAACCCCACUAAUCACAUCGGGAGGUCCUCCCACUGCUAGGACCCUUCUGUUCCCCAGGGACCCACACUCCCACUUUCCUGCCUCUGACAGCUAUCUCUAAAUAUGCAAACUCCACCCAUCUUCCCAGAAUCCUUUGCACAUGGAGGGCCAGUGGUCCUCUGCUUCCCCACCUUUGCCGUGAUGUCUGUGUCUGUGACUGACGUGGCCUCCUCUUGUGCCGUGCUUGGCAUAUGUGGUCCUCGUUCAUCGUGCCGCCUGUGGUGAUGCGUGCAGUGGCGCUGUUUGUGUGGUCCGCACUUCCCCCCUCAACCACUCCUUGCCUGGACUCACCCCCACCCUUCAGCGGCUCUGAACCCCAUGAGAAGAGUCGGGAAGCAAAAUAAACAAGCAAAGGC